UUAGAAUAUGAUUCUAUAGUCGAUUGCUAAUAAUUUGAUCGUUUAGACGUCAGAUAUUCUCGAGGAGUGUACAAGAGACAUUUUUUCAUCACAUUUAAUGACAUCGUAAUAAUGUUUAAAAUAUAAGUUCAGGAUGUCGUGUAAUAUUUGUCAAACGAAAUUCUCGUUUUUUACUAAAGAAGUUGCUUGUCCAGGCUGUGGCUUUUCGUACUGCACUAAGUGCCUCAAAUAUAAACGUGAUAUUCCAGAUAAAGGAGUAAAAAAGAUUUGCGGACGUUGUUAUAAUAACUACAAUUCUACAAAAAAAGUAAAUUCUGAUAACAACAUUAGUAUGUCAGAAGAACACGAGGAACCUCUUGUUCCAGUUGACAUUACUAAAAAAUUGGAUUCUUUGGAAAAUCCUGCAAAGCCACCAAUUGUAAUGUACAAACAAUCAAACCACUGGGACAAAUUUAAAAAGGGUUUAGAACCUGCAGAUCAAGAAAUAGUUGAUAGAUUACAAAAAUUGAAAGAAGAGGACAAAACUACAGCUUUAAGCGUAGAUGAAAUAAAGAGAAGGCUGGCUUUGUUAAAGGAUGAAGAUCCAGAUGCUAGUAAUCAUACAGUCAAUAUACAUCAUGUGGAUACUAGGACAGAUCAGGAGAAAACAAAUGAUUUAAUACAGGAGUACCUUGAGCAGCUAGAAUUGUCCUCAGGAAGUGAUCCUGCUAGUGAAAUUCAGUCAAGAUUAAGAUCAUUGCAGGGUGUGAGCAAUGUAUCCAGAAAGCAUUCGAAUGAAGAUAUUGACACUGACGAAAAACACAUAACAAAGAAAUUAAUUGCAAAAGCUUUGGCUGAAGCCGAAUUGGAGAAAAAGUAUGAAGAAGAUGUGGACGAAUUGCAAGAAAUGGAUGUCGCUGCAGGAAAACAUACCGAUAGCGAGGAUGUGAAACCUACUUGCAUAAUGUGCGAUGAAACAGAAAAUUUAGAGCGAUGUUUGGGUUGUUAUGGUGAUCUUUAUUGUCCCAUGUGCUUCGAAGAUAAUCACCGUGAUUUCGUAAUGUAUAACCAUAAAACAGAACCGGCAACGAAGUACCCUUACUGAGAAGUACUGUCAGAAAUUUUAGAAAGAAACGCUUCGUACCAAUUGACGCAACACAAGCAAUUUAUCAUUGAGGCACUUGCUAUAUAAUGUUUUCGAAAGAUUUACGAACAGUAUCACUUGCAAUUUUGAUACCAUCGUUACGAAUACUAUCGUUAAAAUAGAAGCAUUCCUUGUAUUGUACACACAAACAAUAAAUAAUACAAAUUUCCUAAUCAUUAUAGUCGUAAGCUUGAAGCUAAUAUUGUGGUCGUAAUAUUACACAAUGUGUUAUUAGAAAUUAUAUUAUGCUAUGUUUACUUGAAUGAAAGAUAGUUUUAUAACGAUACUAAUGAUUGUGAUGUAUUUAAUAAUCAAUACACGUGCUUUUGCUACGGUACAAUAUUA